AACGUUUUUCUUCCAGUUUUGUUAGGAGCAUUCAACACACUGACUCACUGAUUCCAAUUUCCAAACACUACCCUUUAUAGGUAAACUGCUCAAUAGGAAUCAAUCAAUAAUAACAAAGUCCGUUUCAUUUCAAUUCUCCAAAACGUGUCAAACAUUAUAACCAUUAACCACUUCAAAACUGUUCAUGGCUUUAUGCUACAACAACAACAAAACCAAGUGAAAAUAAAACAUCCUCAUUUCUUUGUUUUCUUAAUCAAAAUUCACACGUUGCUUUCUUUCUUUGUCCAUGUGUGCAAAAUCUUCUCCUACAAUUUCGGUAUUUUUUUUGGUCCAAAUACAAAUUAUGCCUCAAAGUUCUCAUUCUAUAAGAUGGAAAAUGUGUCCCCUUUUCCACUAUGAAGAAUGUUAGAUUUGAUAUUGGAAUUUUCUCCUUGACCCAUUUUUUCUCCAUACUCUAAAUUGGCCAUGGAAAAUUUUUGACAUUUUUUUUUUUUAAUUUUAAAGUUGAGUGGUAUUUGAACGAUGGGUCAUGACUCAUAAGACCAUUUUUUAAGCUGAAGAAAAACCUUCACAUUGGUUUCAUCAAUAUGUUUGAUUCUUUGAAUGAUUUUGUUCAUGGAAACAUGUCUUUGGCUUUUGAUUCUUUGAGGGUUUUCAUAAGCAAUUAUUUGUUCUAUUCAUUUGGAUUGAUCCUCAAAUACUUCUUCAGGUUUCUUCAUUUAGGAGAUGCUAAAAAAGCUGUCAUAAAUUCACCAUCACAACAACAACUAGUUGAUGGAAAUUUUCAUGAUUCUAAGGUUGAUGGUUUCCCAGAAGAGUUGGCUAAUUUUCUUUUUUGGAGUGAAGAUUCUCAUCAAGGUGAAACUGAGUGCUCUGUUUUCAUGGAUCAUGUUCAUGAAGAAAAAACAGAGUGCUCUGUUUUAAAGAAUAUUCACUCCAAUUUUCUUGAUGAUAGUGUGAAAACAGAGGUUUAUAUGGACAACUCUGUUUCAAAGGAGAUUGAAUCAGUUUUCUUGGAUAGUGAGUUUGAAAAUUUUGUAGUUCAUGAAGAUUGCAAGGAAAAUGGAGGAGAAAAAGAAGUGUUUGUUUCAAAAGAGAGUGAAUCAAAUUUUCAAGAAAUUGAAAACAAGAAUUUUGUUUCCAUGGAGAAUGGUUAUGAUCUAUAUAAUGGUAGUAUGAAGAUAGAUGAAGACAAGGAAGAAGAAAAAGAAUUAGGAGAUGAUAUAUUGGAGAUUGACUCUAAUGUUCAAGAAGAUGGAUGCAAAAUUGAUGAAAAUGAAACAGAGCACUCUGUUUUCGCCGAGAAUGAUGCAAAUGAAGAUGGUAAGAAAAUAGAGGACUCUGUUUCUAAGGGCAGUGAUUCUAAUCUUCAUGAUGUUAGUAUGAACAAAGAUGAAAUUGAAAAAGAGAACUUUGUUUUCGGCGAUGAAAUUUUCGAUCUUCACCAUGAUAGUAAAAUAGCAGAGGAAACAGAGCAAGAAACAGGGGACUCUGUUUUUGUGGAUAGUGAUACUAUAAAAACAAUCACAAGUAAGUAUGAAUUCUUUUCAGCAAAAGAUAUAAGUGUUUUCGUCGAAGAACCAACGACAUUGAGAUUCAGUUUUCGACAAUUUUACACGAGUCCAGAAGUUUCAUCCAUUUCUAAUAAUGCAUACAAAGAGUUUUCAAAGCUUGAUUUAGAGAAAGACUUUGUAACUGAAAAAGAAGAAGGAAAAGAGGAAUCUAUUCAUUCAAAUGAUGUUCCAUUAGUGUUUGAGAGUGAAACGUUUGGUGUAACUGAUUCAUCUGAUGAAGAUUAUUUCAUUUUCAAUGAAAAUUCAGUUACAUCUGAUUCUGAGUCAGAAUCAUCUUGUUCAAGUGGUUUAAUAUGGAGCAACACCAAUAACAAAAUUGAUGAUUCAUUUUCCUAUCGGUUUCUUGGUAGCGAAAAAUUUGAGUCGGAGAUUCGAAAGUUGAUGAUGAGAGAUGAAAAAGUAGAAGGUGUAGAAGAAAACCAAUCUUCAUUUGAUGAUAAAGUUUCAAAAUUUGAAGUUCAUGAAGCUGAUUUUGAAAAUGAGUAUAUAGAAAUAGAACAUGAAAUGAAGGGUUUGAAAUCAUUUCAAGAACAUGGUUUUGAAGUGAAAGAUCAAAGAGAAGUUAUGAAGAAAAGUGAAGAAGCUAAGUUGAAUGAGUCAGAAUCAGAAUCUGAUGAAGAUGAAUUUGAAUGGGAGCAUGAAGAAAUAGUGGAACAAUUGAAGUUAGAAUUGAAGAAUUCAAGACAAGGUGGACUUGCUACAAUCAUAGAAGAAGUUGAAGAUGAAGAAGAACAAGAUGAAAAAGAAUCACCAAAAGUGUUUGAAGAAUUCAAACCAAUGAAAAUUGAAGUGAAGUUAUUAGAACACAAGGAUCAAAUGAAUGAGAUUGAAAAAGUUUACAAGAGCUAUGCAGAGAAAAUGAGGAAACUUGAUAUCUUGAAUUAUCAAACCAUGCAUGCAUUAGGUCUACUUCAACUAAAAGACCCUCUUAAAUUAAUUUCAAUACCAAAAUCCACCAUCUCAAAUGCAAUAAUCUCUCAAAAUUUGUGGCCAAGAAAAUCAACAAAGAUCACAUCUGACCCAUUUCUAAAACUUGUUCAUCAACUUCAUAGAGAUUUGGAAUUGGUAUAUGUUGGACAAAUUUGCCUCUCAUGGGAAAUUCUAUGUUGGCUACACAUGAAAGCCAUUGAGUUACAACAAUAUGAUUCAAAAGGGUCUCAUAGGUAUAACCAUGUUGCUGGUGAAUUUCAACUUUUUCAAGUAUUGAUGCAAAGGUUCAUAGAGAAUGAGCCAUUUCAAGGUGGACCAAGGAUUCAAAAUUAUGUAAAGAAUCGUUGUGUGAUUAGAAACCUACUUCAUGUUCCAGCUAUAAAAGAUGAUAGUAAAGGGGGUGAGGAGGAUCCUACUGCAAGUGGAAGAUUGCAAGAUAUCAUCAAGGAAUCAAUGCGGGUGUUUUGGGAAUUUGUCCGAACAGAUAAUAAAGAUAAUGGGAAUGUGAUUUCUAAGGAAAUUGGAAGUGAUCUUAAAGACCCUGCAAUUUCAAAUCUUCUAGUGGACAUUCGAACACAACUAUUGAAGAAGGAGAGAAAGCUGAAGGACAUAGUAAGAAGUGGGAAUUGCAUAGUGAAAAAGUUCCAAAAGCACCAUGAGGAUCAACUUGAUCACGAGCAAUUAGUUGCUCAAGUUGGGUUGAAAUUGAUUUCAAGGGUGAUAAACAUGUCACAAUUAAGAAAAGAACAAGUACUAUGGUGUAGUGAAAAGUUGAACGGAAUUAAAUUUUUAAGCAGGAAGAUUGUUCAUGUGGAACCUUCUUUUUUGCUUUUUCCAUGUUGAUUAAUUCAACCAAUUUAGAGAUAUACUUUUUUUUUUUUACAUAAAAUGAUAUAUACUAGCUUAUACAGAAAUUGAAGAGUCUUUAUAAAAUUCCCAGCUUUUGUAUAUAUGCAUAUAGAACUAUAGAAGGUCCUUGCUCAUACAUCAUAGUUAUUGUCUAAUAAAAGUGCAAACUUUUUUUGUGUUAAUUGGGAACAAGUUUGGCCAGCUCAAUAAAUGUAUGAACCUAUUAUUGGCUUGUAGUAACUUAUUAAUGUUAUUCCAUGAAGUAUUAUCACAUUCA